UCCAUGUAGAUUUACGAUGACUCAAAAAAAGCAGAAACAACUAUUUACUACGCAACCUCUCUCGACACCGUCACAUUCAACUUCGCAAAUCCCGUGAGAUUCAUAAUUCACGGCAUGCAAGAAAAUGAAACGCAUGCUACUGUGAGGUCCAUCCAAGAGGCUCUCAAAGACAAACGACCGACGGAAAAUGUGUUUUUCGUGGCCUGGGAUGGAAACGUAAUCGGGAAUGACGACGAAGAAACUGGAAGAUUGCGUUGGUACGGCCAAGCAGUUGCCAACACUGAACUCGUCGGCAGAAUCGUGGGCAAUUUUAUGAAAGAACUGCAAGACAAGUACACUGGCACCUACGCUGACAUAGCACAAAUGCACUGCAUUGGUCUCAGUUUGGGAGCUCAAAUUUGCGGACACGUGGGGCAGUGGGUUCAGAGAACGUUUGAUAAGUGUUCUAGCUGGGAUUCAUACAACGUCGGUGAUUGUUUCCAAGAUCCCUGUGACUUGAGUUCCGAGAAUUGCGUAGAAAUGGGAAUCUACGCCACGGAUUAUCCCAAAGCCAGUGGCAGUUACUACAUAAAAACGUAUCCGGAAGCCUACCUCGCAAAAACUGGCUACUGUGCAACUCUCUUCAAGGCGACUGCUGUAGUUUCCACUUCGCAUCAAAGUACCAAAGGGCGCCUGCAAAUCACUGUUUGGUCUGCUUCGAAAGAAAGCUUGAGCGAAAUCGCUUAUUUCAAUGAUGACAAAGAGAAACUCGAGCCGGGCUCAACCCAGUACGCCGUGGUUCCUGCUUACUCCAAAGAUAUUGCCAUUGUGGAAAUCAAGUUUUUCUAUCAGAAAGAACUGGAUUACUUCAAAUUCAAGAAGGAAAAAAUAAAUCCAACGUUUGACAAGACCAUCACAUUGGAUUCUAUGAUGCUUCAGACACGGGGGACGACAAAAACUACGUAUUACGCUUGAAACGUGUUACCAGCAGUGCGUUAUAACGUCGAUCUCAGGAUGAAGGCCACAAUGAAAAUGUAUUUUUUGGCAGUGAUUCCAUUCUUUGCUUUAGUCAACGUCCCGGUCCACGUGGAUAGCCAAAGAAUCCUUCUGACACCGUUUGUCAAUUUCAUGACCUCAUUUGUACCGUGGGAUUUGUACGUCUACCGGUUUGCACAACGCCUCGAAGUGAAAAUCCUCAACUCCAUCUUUCUUUUCUUUCCAUUCUUGAUGCAAAAUAACAAGUGGACCUCUCCUUCAAUCAUCGUUAAAUACGGGGAAAUUCGCGGAUAUCAAAUUGUGUUCCGCUAUAUUAUUGAGGAUUAUCUCGAGCUUCAGCAUUUCAUUGGAAGUGGAUCAGGAAACGUGUUACCAGCAGUGCGUUAUAACGUCGAUCUCAGGAUGAAGGCCACAAUGAAAAUGUACUUUUUGGCAGUGAUUCCAUUCCUUGCUUUAGUCAACGUCCCGAGACCAACAGAAAAUGUAUUUUUCGUGGCUUGGGACGGGAACGUGAUCGGAAAUGACGAAAAGGAAACCGGACGUUUCCGGUGGUACGGUCAAGCAGCAGCGAACACGGAACUCGUCGGCAGAAUUGUGGGCAACUUUAUGAAAGAACUGCAGGACAAAUACACUGGCACCUAUGCUGACAUCGCAAAAAUGCACUGCAUAGUUUGGGAGCUCAAGCUUGUGGACAUGUUGGACGAUGGGUUCAACGUACUUAUCGCUUCAGUUUGGGAGCUCAAGCUUGUGGACAUGUUGGACGAUGGGUACGGUCAAGCAGCAGCGAACACGGAACUCGUCGGCAGAAUUGUGGGCAACUUUAUGAAAGAACUGCAGGACAAAUACACUGGCACCUAUGCUGACAUCGCAAAAAUGCACUGCAUAGGCUUCAGUUUGGGAGCUCAAGCUUGUGGACAUGUUGGACGAUGGGUUCAACGUACUUAUCGCCUGGAUCCAGCUGAUCCCUUGUACGCUGAUACAGUGCUCGGGAGUUACCCUACCGACGUGCAUUUGGAUAAAGAUGAUGCCACAUUUGUUGAUGGAUACCACACUAGUGGUGCCAAUUCUGUGUUCAAAGGUGCCGGAGAUUACGAACCCAUCGGGCAUGUUGACUUUUACCCGAACGGUGGGGUUACGCAACCUGGCUGCCCGGACGACUGGUUCCGGGCUCUUGUCGACUACACUCUGGGUACACUUUUCGGAACCGCCGACAGAUGCUCAAGUUGGGAAGCCUAUCAAGCCGGAGCAUGCUUCGUGAACUAUUGUACCCAAGAUUCUGAAAGUUGUUCAGAAAUGGGCAUUUAUGCUGCAGAUUACCCCAAGGCCAGUGGCUUGUUCUACAUUAAAACGUAUCCGCAUGUGAAGGACGUCAAAGAGGGGUUUUGUGGCGGUACCGGGUCAUCCGCCAGUUGGUCAAUUGAUGGUCGCGCACCCGUCGGUCGUCAGGCGCCGGUCGGUCUAACCGCCAGCCAGGGCAGUCCUUGGCCUUGCCAAUCCCCAGUCCACCAAACGGCGGUCCGCAUGAUUCUUGUCACCCCAUUGUUUGGGUGCCCCAACAAUCGGGUGACCAAACCGCAGUUUGGUGGGCUGGGGAUUUGCGAGGCCAAGAACUGCCCUGGCUGGCGGUUGGACAGACUGGCGCUUGACGACCGGCAGGUGCGCGACCAUGAAUUGACCAACCGGCGGCUUACCGGACACGAUGGAAGCCAUAAAUCUCCAUUUUGGACGCCUUGA